CUUAAACUGAAUUAGUAAACUCAUGUAGCUUCUGUUGACUCGGGAUUCGGAGUAGUUAUAUAUUCUAAUCAGUUAUAUUAUUUAUUACAAAACUUGACGUUAAAAUGUCGGGAAGCAAUAGAGAAGAGAUUUUAGCAAACUUUCAGGAAGUAACUGGCAUGGAAAAUGUGGGAGAAGCCAUCAUGUGGUUAGAAAAUUGUAAUUGGGACCUGUUGAGUGCCAUUAAGAGUGCUUUACCUCAAGAGAUGAAUGACCAAGACAGGAUGUUACAAGUUGGGCAUGGAGAUACUACUCAGUUAGCAACAAAUGGUGUACCUGUUACUAUCAGUUCUGACUUUAUUGAAAUGCCUUCCACCUCAGGAGAUUCUCAUAAAAAUCAACCUAGUUUACAUAUUCAUGUGUUUUAUCUAAAUAAUGAGAUAAAAGUUCAAGUUCCCGAAAGUUUAACUGUUGGUUGCUUAAAAACUAUAAUUUAUUCUGAGACAGGUGUACCUCCUUGUCAACAAGAAUUGACAGGAUGGCUUGAGGAGCCUACGUCUGACACUGUUCCUCUGUCCAAAUUAAACUUACCUAGUGUUGUAUAUUUAAGACUUAACCAGAACAAAGGUAGUACUGCAAUUGGUGAUCAACAUGGGGAUUCACUUAUGGAAGUAGUUGAUAACUCCGAGACAAUUUAUGUUCUCAAAAUUUAUGAUGAACUCAAUAACAAAGAAUACAAUUUGAAGUUACCUGGUGAUAGGAAUGUAGCUCAAGUGAAAGCUGACAUUUUUACAUUGACUGACAUACCUGCAAGGCAUCAAAUUUGGUGUGGAUGGCCAGAAAACAUCACUGAUGAUUCCAAAUUAUAUGAAUUAGAUUUAGAUCAACCCUUCCACUGUCUUACAGUUCAGAGUAGUAAUAUUGUAGAAGAAAGCCCUCUGAAUAAUUCUGUUAUUUCUAUUUCUAGCACUGAUACCCCGCCUUCACCGAUCUUCAUCGAUCUCGCCGAUACAGACAGCUCCCCUGAAGAUUUUGAAGAUGCUUCUGAAGGAUUUGCUGUCGAAGAAGAAAUGUUUAAUGAUAUAACUCCAAGAGCUUCGAGGCCAUCUCCUUUGAUUCCAGAUAAUGUUGAAGAUGAAACAGCAGGUUCUGUACACUUUAUUGAUGGCUAUAAUCAACGCUAUGGACAGUCAGCUCCUAGUUUCUUUCCUGGUACUUUAGAAGAUGCCAUUAAAGAAGCUUGUUUUCGUCCAGCACGAGAGAGACGAAUGUUGGCUAUUUAUUUGCACCAUGAUGGUAGUGUCUUGACUAAUGUUUUUUGUACGGAGUUACUUGGUUUUGAAACAGUUUUGCAGACGUUUGCGAAUUAUUUUGUUGUAUGGGGAUGGGAUAUUACAAAUCAAGGAAAUAGAGAAAUGUUCCUGUCAUCUGUAACAAGAUUGCUAGGGAGCACUGUUACUGAAACAGUCCAAAGUAUAAGCAUUGAUCUUCUGCCAGCACUUGUAAUUAUUUCAAGAUCUCGUGCCAAUACUGAACUACUCAAUGUAAUUUAUGGAAACAUAGGCAUCAAUGAGCUUCUGACAAUGUUAAUCCAUGCAGUUGAUGUGUUCACUGAAAUCCAGGAAACUGAAUCCAAGGAGGAAGAAGAAAGAGCUGCGAGAGAAAAAAUUAAAUCAGAACAGGAUAGAGCAUACCAAGCUUCUUUACAACUAGAUAGAGCCAAAGAUGAAGCAAAAAAGCAACAAAUGUUGCUGCAGUCUCAAGAGGAAGAGAGACUUAAAAAGGAACAGGAAAUGGAGGAAGAACGGAGAAAGGCUGAGAGAUUGGCUGUAGAAUCACAGCUACCAGAAGAACCAAGUGAUGAUGACCAAGUCAUUACUUUUCGGUUCCGCCCUCCAAAUGGUGAAAUGUUUGAAAGAAAGUUUUUGCCAUUAAAUAAAUUGCAGGUGCUCUUUAAUUACCUGCUAGUCAAAGGCUACAGAAUUGAAGAAUAUAAACUUAUAUCUCCCUGGCCAAGAAGAGAAUUAUCUUCGCUUGAUGGAGAGAUUUUACUUCAGGAUAUUGGUCUGUGUGCUCAGGAAACAAUUAUUUUAGAAGAACGAUAAAUAAAAAGACUACUUUUAUAAAAUAAGUAAAAGAGAACUAUCUAUGGCUGUGUCUUGUUUCUUUAUAAAUUAGAAAGCUUCAUAAGUUCAUAAAGAAUGGAGCAAAUUAAAAAAAAAAAACAAAGCAAAAAAAAAUCUAUAUUUCAUACAAUUAGUAACUAGUUGUAUAAAAUUAUUCUGAAAAUCAUCAGACAUUAUGUGAGUAUUUUUGUUGGACUGGUGUUUAUGUAAAUGAUUAAUGAUCCUAUAGUAGCAUUUGUUUUUUUCUAAAUGAUAAUCAUAGUACAUCCUCGGAUUAGAUUUGUUAUUUUAUUAUUCAUUCCAUUACAUAGUCCAAAAUUUUACAUUGUAAAAGUUAAAAAUAAUGUUUUUUUAAUAUAUAUCUGUUUGUCGUUAAUAUUGUAAUAUUUGUUGAUAUUCAAUAUCAAUAAGAAGUCUUGUAUGUUUUUUACCAUUUAUAAUUCUUAUUAAAUGCAAUUAGUAUUUUUAUUAUUUUUUGUUUCUUUUUAUAGUAAUUAAUGCCUAAAUGUAUGAUUAUUCAUGUUCCAGUUUAAAAUUGUUAUAACCCCUUAAAAUUUUGAAACCCUUUUGUAUUAUUACCA